CCAUCAGUUGCUAUAAGGCAUUCAAAACACUACGAAUAUUGGUCAAUGGCUUAUCUAUUAUGAGCAGAGGGCAUUUAAACCCCUAGGAUUGAAUAUUUUGAGGCCUUCGGGGCGUGUUACACUCAUUCAGCAUGAACACUCAAUGCAGCCAAUUGUUUGCCCGCUGUGGUAGGCCAUCGAGUAUCAUCGAGCGCCGCUAUGCCGGUCUCCAAAGCCCAUAUCGGGCAAACUAUUGGGGCGGAGUAAGAGUUGUUUCAGGUAUCCCUCACUUGGAUCAGAGGUCGAGACUCUCUAAAGCAUGGACGCCUACGGGAGGAAUUGCACCAGGUGACAAUGAAGACGCCCAUUCGAAGCUUGUGAGAGCUGGUUUUCUGCGGCAGGCUCAUUCUGGAAUCUUUCAUAUGCUCCCUCUAGGUCUCCGCGUUCAAACUAAAGUUGAGAAACUUCUCGACAAGCACAUGUCCAGCAUAGGUGCUUCAAAACUUGACUUAUCAAGCAUUUCAUCCGAGGAGCUAUGGACUAUGAGCGGCCGCUUAAAUGCUAUCAAUGCAGAGUUAUUUCGAUUUAAGGACAGGAAAGAGGCUGGCUAUCUUUUAGCUCCUACGCAUGAAGAGGAGAUCACUUCUCUUGUGGCAAAUACUAUUAAAUCAUACAAAGAGUUGCCUGUUCGGUUGUAUCAGAUAUCUCGCAAAUAUCGCGAUGAGCUUCGUCCUCGGCAUGGCCUUCUACGCUCCCGUGAAUUCUCCAUGAAAGACCUUUACACUUUCGAUCUCAGCCCAGCUCUAGCUAUGGUGACGUACAACCAGGUUCGGGAUGCUUAUGUUCGCCUUUUUGAUGAACUAAAAGUUCGUUACCUUGUUGCCGAGGCGGAUUCUGGAGAUAUAGGCGGUGACCUCAGCCAUGAGUACCAUUUUCCUACUUCGAUGGGAGAAGAUCAUAUCAUCAGUUGCCGAAGUUGUGAUUACGUAGCCAACGAAGAGCUUGCCGAGUCCGCACUGCCUCCAGCUACUCACGAUUCCGGGGCAACUUGGUCAUUUGUUUCAAAUCCCGAAGCCACCUCUGCCAAAAAUACGUUCACUGUCUGGCGAGGGGUUUCGCGAGACAGAAGCACGUUGAUCAACGUCUGGUAUAGUCCGAGAGAAGGGUUUCAAGGCGGGUCGGAGGUCAACACUCACGCUGUCAAAAACAUCGUCGCAGACCUUGAUCCAGGGGUUGAGAAUGCAGCACUACUAUGGGCACAGGCCAUAGAGAAGAACAUUCUUGAGGGGCAGGAGGCUUCGCCUGGAGGUUCCAAGAUAAUCAAUCUCGUGGAUUAUCGACUGCCGCCGUCUCUUACUACAACCAUCCAAUCAGGCGAGAUCGACCCCUUGUGGACAAACUCGCCGCUCCCUUCUUCCCUUGGGAUUACGAUCUCAACAACCGCUGAAAAUACUUCAGAUGGCCAGCCUCUUAAUCUAUUACGGAUAAGCGAAGGCGAUGCAUGCCCAAGAUGCAACGACGGCACAUUAAAGAUUGAGAAAGCUAUUGAAUUGGGACAUGCCUUUUAUUUGGGCGCAAGAUACAGCGACCCAAUGAAGGCUGUUGUUACGCUCCCAGCUGGCUACAUUGAGCCAGAAGCGACAGAGGGCACUGCACAGGCUUCUGUCCCUCUAAAAUCAGCUCAACAAGUCCAGAUGCAGAUGGGUUGCUACGGUAUUGGCGUCUCCCGCCUGAUAGGCGCUGUUGCAGAAACGCUUGCAGACGAAAAGGGGCUCAACUGGCCGCGUGUUAUUGCUCCAUACGAAGCGGUCGUUAUCCCCGCCAGAGGACAAGAAGAAGGGGCUGUGGAUGUGUAUGAUGCACUAGCAGGCGGUCGGUCGAAUUCGGGAGAUGCUCUUGAUGUUGUUCUAGAUGACAGGACCAACUCUUUUCCUUGGAAGAUGCAGGAUGCUGAUUUGGUUGGCUAUCCGAUCAUCGUAGUCGUCGGUCGAGGGUGGAAGAACAGCAAGUCUUGCGAAGUCCAAUGCAGGAGGCUAGGCACAAAGGAGGAAGUGCCUUUGGAUGGUUUGGCCGCUCACAUUGACAAGCUUCUUGUGCAAUUGUAGGAUAUAUUAAUAAAUGUAGUAUAUUUGUAAAUUAUAUUUGGG